GCAACGGAUGGCUUUUCAAAGGGUAGAAGAACAACGGGUGGCCGAUAUGCAAAGGUAUGAAGACGAUUACCGGAGGAUGUACGGGCCCACAUACUCGUACAUGUCCCACCUUGGCGGAUUUGCAUCUAUGGCCUCACCACCACCGGCACCUUCUUGGUAUAACCCCUCCGAUUGGGGUAAUUUUGGCGGCUCUAGUUCAGGCAUGGGCGGCUAUGAUGGCAGGGAUACCACCAUGGGCGAGGGCGGCGGUGAUGACAUGCACGGGAGCGGCUUUGGAGGAGGCUACUAUGGUGGAGAAGGCGGGCACCAAGGAUAGUGCCAUAAUUCAAGUGUGGGGGAGGAAGAUUAUCUCUUGGACACUACCUCUUGAAGAAGAAGAAGAAGCAAAAGAAAAGAGAAAAAGAAGAAAUAAGGAGCAUAGAAGACCAUUAAACCCAGGGAAUGUUGUUUUGUAAACUCAUUUGCUAUACUUGGUGGUUUUAAACUCCUUGCUUUUCUUUUCCCUAUCUAUGAACUCAUGAUCUUGUCAUAAACAUUGUGUAAACGUUUGGUUUUACUCGAGGUCGAGUAAAAAAACUAAGUGUGGGGGAG